GUAACACAUGAGCAAAUCAACCGGAAUUUACAAACAGUUCUUUAACGUGAAACAAACAAAAAAAUAAGAUUGUUUUAUGAUUAUAAUGUGUGGCUCAGUGCAGAGCCAGGGGUGCCAAAACUUUUGCCUCUGAGCGAUAGAGUGCUGGUUAUGUGUGUUAUAAUGGAGGCGUGUGUACGUUGUGUUUAUUAGAUCAAAUAAAAUGCUGGUAUUCGCACUCAGAUGUGGUUUAUUACCUGAUUUAUCUGAUAAAAUCUAAUAAAUUAUAAAACUCCAGCUUUUACUUUAUUAUACUACAAAUAUGUGAUUGUUUUUAUUCAACCAAUCAGUGAUCAGCACUCUUUCUAGCUCCUCCCACUUGCCUGGACUGGGUUCUUAGUGGGAGGAGCUAGAACAUUCCAAAAGGGCUGAAGAGUCCAGGGUUUUUUUUGAACCUUGGAAUCAAUUCCUGAACCUGUGACCUCACAAUCAAGAACAUUUUGAUGUCCAGUUCUCUGAUGUCACUCCAGACCUCAGGAGUGGUCAGUCAGUUACUUUGUCUCCCAGAGAAACGCUGUAUUUUUGCUUCGUCUGUGAUUUUAAAGUUGAUUAUGAUGGAUGAACGUGAGUUUGACUUUACGGCCUCGCUGCUUCUCCAAAACGAGAAGCUCAGGCGUGAGGUGGAGGAUCUGAAAACAAUGCUGAGUUUGGUGAUGGAGAACCUGGAGCUGCGUUCGAGGCUGGACAGCUUCUCCUCAGCCAGAGAUACGGUCAUGGAGGAACAUGAGCUCAGAGCAGGGAAGAAAUCCACGUUCCAGUGGCAUGACAGUUCAGUGAAUGAGAGCCUGUUCAGAGCAGGUCUUAUCGCACCUCAUCACACGUCGUCUCCACUCAGAACCCCAGCGAGCAGACCUGCAGGUCCGGGCACGUCCUUCUCGUCCGCCCAGGGGGUGAAAGAGCGCCAGCGCUUGUUGGGGGAAAUCGGCUUCCAGCUGGAACGCAGGAUCCUCUCCCACGUCUUCUACAAAAACACCAGACUGUACGGCUUCACCGUCAACAACAUACAGGAAAAGAUCAUACAGGUGUCUACACAUCCUCUGACCGGACAGGUGGAUAAGGCGUACAGGUCCGAGCUGACCAAGCGCUAUGUAGACCUGAUGGAUCGCCUCAGUGCUUUGGGCUACAACAUGACACUCCAUCCUCCCUUCACCGAGUUCAUCAUCAACAUGUACGGCAUCUUAGCGGUCCGACCGGACACGUGCACGGCCCGGGGACAGGGCUACAACAACCUGGACGACAUGCGGUGUGCGAUGUUGGAGGCGGUGCCACCCAGCCUGCUGAAAGACCUCCUGGUCCUCUUCAGCUGCCUGUGCUACCUGGCGGAGAAGGAUGGAAAACCGCUCAUCCUGUGGUAGCGCUAUGCGCUAGCUCACUUCCGUGAACUGCUAGAUAAACUGAGGACUUUUGUUAAUCAUUAAAUAGUCUGGAACAUGACCUUACUGCUUCGUUUUUAUUUAUCCUACACCUCACAGAUAUUAUUAAGAUUGACCUGGGCAGACAAGGCUAGCGUAGCUACUGAGUACGGGAAGCUAAUAGCCUCCAGUGUAGCAUUGUACAUUGAAAUCAGUUGUUCUGUGUCUUUCAGGUUAAAACAAACUGUACACAACAGCUAGAGAUUCAUUACAACACAUCCACUGAAGUAAUGCCUCAGAAAUGAUCUGAUCUGAUGAUGAGGACUGAUCCUGAUUUGUGUUUCUUGUUGUGG